GAGUUUUGAAAUUAGAAUAGAGUCCUUUAUUCAAAGUUCAAACCCUAAAAACUCCAAGAUGGACCACUUGAAUAGAACUGAUUUUAUUUUAUUUUAUUUCCUUUUUUCCACGAAGUCGUUUGUCGGUACCUUAUAAACCCCUUGCAUCAAUAGGCAGUUUUUAUACACAAAUCCUUCGACCCUCUCUGCAUAUACAUCCAAUCGAACUAAUCUAACAAGUUGAUAUAAGUGGCGGAUAUCUGCUAGGGUUAUCGACGUAGUCCCAUCCCAUGAGUAAUGGCUGGGCAGAACAAUAACUACGGAAAGAGAUCCCAUGCUCAAUCUGAUUACACUGGAGAUGGAGAAAGUAAGAGAAAUCCAUCUGAUGAUAGGGACCGCAACACUAUUGGUUUGGAAGAUACUGUAUACCGUUACUUGUGCCCUGUAAGGAGAAUUGGAAGUAUUAUUGGCAAGGGAGGCGAGAUUGCAAAGCAAUUAAGGGCAGAAACGCAGGCAAAGAUUAGGAUCAGUGAGACUGUUCCUGGCUGUGAAGAGCGCGUAGUCACCAUUUACAGUUCAAGUAAAGAGACUAAUAACUUAGAAGAUACCGCUAAGUUUGUUUCACCUGCAGAAGAUGCUCUCUUUAGGGUGCAUGAGAGGGUGGUUGCUGACGAAUCACUUGGUGGCGAUGAUGAGUUUGAGGAGUCUCAGCAAGUAACGGUUAGGAUGCUUGUGCCAUCGGAUCAGAUUGGAUGUGUUAUUGGGAAAGGCGGACAAGUAAUUCAAAACAUGCGUACUGAAACUCACGCUCAGAUUCGAGUUAUAAGUAGCGACCAUCUGCCACCUUGUGCUUCGAAUUCUGACGAGCUUGUCCAGAUAACUGGAGAGGCCUCUGCUGUUAGGAAGGCCCUUUAUCAAGUAGCAUCCCGUCUCCAUGAUAAUCCAUCACGAACCCAGCACCUGCUCUUGUCAUCAUCAUCUAUCUACAAUUCUGGUGGGGCAUUUAUGAGUCAAAGUGGUAGUGUGCCACUUAUGGGUCUAACUUCAGUUAUGGGUCCUUAUGGGGGUUACAGAAGUGAAAUGGGUGAUUGGUCAGGUUCUGUAAUGGAAUUCUCACUUCGUUUGGUUUGCCCUACUGAAAAUAUUGGAGGUGUGAUUGGCAAAGGAGGUGCUAUCAUCAAACAAAUAAGGCAGGAAUCUGGGGCAUUUAUUAAAGUUGAUAGUUCAGGUGCUGAAGGAGAUGAUUGCAUUAUAACUGUUUCAGCAACGGAGUCAUUUGAUGAUCAAUCUGCAACCAUCGAUGCAGCGAUGCGCUUGCAACCUAGAUGUAGCACGAAAGUGGAAAAAGAAUCAGGUGAUUCUGUAAUCACGACUCGUUUGUUAGUACCAAGCUCCAGAAUUGGAUGCCUUAUUGGUAAAGGAGGGGCUAUCAUUACUGAGAUGAGGAAUGCCACAAGAGCAAGCAUCCGCAUUCUGUCUGAGGGUAACCUUCCCAAAGUUGCUUUGGAAGAUGAGGAGAUGGUGCAGAUAACUGGAGACCUCAAUGUUGCUAGCAAUGCUCUUUUACAAGUAACUAUGCGUUUAAAAGCCAACAUAUUUGAAAUGGAGGGAGCUUUAUCUGCAUUGCCACCAGCUCUUCCCUAUCCUCCUACAUCAGUUGAUAUGUCAGAUAGUUCAAGAUAUGGAAACCGUGAUAACAAAUCUCGUGGACGGGGAUAUUCUAUGUACUCUGAUGGGUAUGGUUCUACUGACUUGCCUCCGAGUGGCAGUUAUGGAAGUUAUGCUGCUUCACAGAGCGGUGGUGGAAGUGGGUAUGGAGCAUAUGGCACUUACUCUCCUCAUUCUGGUGUUGCUGGGUCAUCUGGUCGUAACCCUGUUUCCGAUGGGAAACGUCAUGGCUAUUAGGUCUAAAUAGAUGAUCCUACAGGUAUAAAUAGAUGAUCCUACAGCUCUAUCCACAAUGCCUGAAGCCAAGCCCAUGCCCCUUUUGAUGAUGUCUCCAACCUAGACCAGAAGACCAGAUGAACAGCAUUUGAGAAAUUUUUGUACCACCUUGCCCACCUUUGUGGAUUUGUUUAGGGUGACCACUGUCAUCUUUAAUAUAUGGCCUUGCACCCAAUUUUACCAAGCCAAUGUAGCCACCAUUCUUAUUUGUUGGAGUUGUUUUUGUACUUUUAUUGUGAAACAGUGGCCCUGAUUGUUUCCUCUUUACUUGUUUUGUUGUCGGAUGCGAUUAAAUUUUACCGCUGGAAAAGAUGGCGAUGUACAUGCUGUUGGUAUGGAUAUGAUGAUUAGUGUUUUGGACUUCAGGUAACAGGGUUGGAAGUGCAACUCUGCAAUAUACGAGCAUUAUCUGCGAUCAUAAA